AUGGACUCCCACUUGGCCCCAUCUGCCAUGGGCGCCGUCUUCCUCUGCGCGCUGGGUUGUUGGGCGGUGGUGAGGGUUCGAAGUGGCUCGGGAACAAAGCCCCGGUCUUCGUCGAUUCUCGCCACUGUGUUUGAGACGUUCAUGUUCUUGCAAGCUGCUCUAGCAAAGCUGGGACUGCCUAUCCUCGGCCGUCCCAUGUAUCGCAUCCGGGGUCCAAAAAACGUGGCCGACUUCUUCCACAACACCCAGGCCACUGUCAACAAGGUGCAAGCUUACACCCUGCACCACGGCUUGGGGCUGCCGCUGUCGGCCGCCGACGCCUACCUGUCGGACAACUCGGGCGCCCGACCCAAGCCCAUCAUCGGCAGCUCGACCCCGGCCAGAGACCGCUUCAUGUUCAUCGGCCACCAGCGCCUCGUGGCCGGCUUGCUGCAGGGCGGCCUGGCACCCGCUACCGCCCGGUUCGAGAGGUACUUGGCGGAGUCGCUUCUUCUCGAGGGAGACUCAUCCUCGUCCUCGUCCUCGUCCUCGCCCUCGCCCUCGUCCUCGUCCUCGCCCUCGUCCUCCUCCACCCCCGAGGAGGUUCAGGUGCGGGGGUGGCAGCACGUGGCCGACCUCGAAGAUUUCUUCCGCGACCAUGUCGCCACGUCCUUGUUCCGCGCCUUGUUUGGCGACAAGCUGCUGGAGCUGCGGCCGACCUUUGUGCGCGACAUGUGGGAGCUCGACCGCGGCAUGCUGGGCCUCCUGGCGCAGCUCCCGCGGUUUUGCAUUCCGCAGACGUACAAGCUCCGCGAGGAGCUGCUGGACACCGUCAAGACGUGGCAUGCGCUGGCGCUGGCGGCGGGCGCUGGAGGUGGUGACGACCAUUAUACUCGUGACGCCGAUAGCGAUCCGCACUGGGGCACCGGCAUGAUGAGGGAGCGGUACCGGGAGCUCAUGCCGACCAGAGGGCAGGACGAAGAGUCUAUGGCGGCGUACGAUCUGUCUCUGAUCUGGGGAACCAUGACCAACGCUGUCCCGGCCGCCAUGACCCUCCUUCUGCACAUCCUACGCUCUAAAGAGGAUCUCCUCCCGUCGCUGCACGCAUCUCUCUCCUCUCUCCAGCAGCAGCAGCAGCAGCAGCAGCAGCAGCAGCAACAACAACAACAACAACAACAACAACAACAACAACAACAACAACAACAGCAGCAGCAGCAGCAGCAGCAGCAACAACGGGGCGGCCGCCACGGCCGACCAACCAUCAGAGACCUAGAGUCGAUCCCGCUGCUAGCGUCCAUGUACGCCGAGACGCUGCGGUACGGCAUGCGCAUCGACGUGCCGCGGACGGCGCCCUACGCCGACGUCGCCUUCCCCAGCCCCCCUCGCCGUCCCCGAGUGGGCGCCGUGGUGGUCCCGAGGGGCACGCUCAUGGCGGCUAACAUGUGGGACGCGCACGGCGACGAGCUCGUCUGGGAUACCAAGGGCGGCGCGCACCCGGUCGACUCCUUCUGGGCGCGGCGGUUCCUUGUCGAUCCGCGCGACCCGUCAAGCGGGCCGGCUGUCGCCGCCGCCACCCGCAAAACGACGGUUUCUGGAGGAGAGCUGUCCACAGUCGACGACGAGGAGGUCGCCAUGUCGGCGGCACAGCGGGCCAAAGGGGGUGUCCACUUCUCGCUGGACGGGCUUGAUGGGGCAUGGAUUCCCUAUGGAGGCGGCCUGCACGCCUGUCCAGGACGGCUGCUCGCAAAGCGUGUCAUCCUCAUCUCGGUCGCUAUGCUCGUCGCCAACUUUGACUUUGAGCUGCUCGCCGAUGAGGCGGCCAUGGACCUCAACUUCAAGGCACCCAUGGCUAUUGCUAGGCCUACCGGCCUGGUGCCGUUUCGGAUGCGCAGGAGAAAGGACGCUGCUGCAUUUGCGUAG